UCGGCUCCGAUCGCCAGCAGAUAUGAGCGGCCAUGAUUCAAAGUACUUCUCCACAACUAAGAAAGGAGAAAUCCCUGAACUCAAAGAGGAACUCAAUUCUCAGUACAAGGAUAAGAGAAAGGAUGCUGUUAAAAAAGUUAUUGCAGCUAUGACAGUUGGGAAGGAUGUUUCAUCACUUUUCACAGAUGUCUUGAACUGUAUGCAGACCGAAAAUUUGGAGCUCAAAAAGCUUGUUUACUUGUAUCUCAUCAAUUAUGCUAAAAGUCAGCCUGAUCUGGCAAUACUUGCAGUUAAUACCUUUGUGAAGGAUACUCAAGACCCAAAUCCUUUAAUCCGGGCUUUAGCUGUUCGAACAAUGGGAUGCAUCCGAGUUGAUAAAAUUACUGAAUAUCUUUGUGAUCCCCUCCAGAGGUGUCUUAAGGAUGAUGAUCCUUAUGUUCGAAAAACAGCAGCUAUAUGUGUUGCUAAACUUUAUGACAUCAAUGCUGAGUUAGUUGAAGAUAGGGGUUUUCUGGAUGCUCUCAAGGAUCUGAUAUCUGACAAUAACCCAAUGGUAGUAGCAAAUGCUGUUGCAGCACUUGCUGAAAUUCAAGAUAACAGCAGUACACCCAUUUUUGAGAUCACUAGCCAUACUUUGUCAAAGCUGCUUACAGCUCUAAAUGAAUGCACUGAGUGGGGUCAAGUUUUCAUAUUAGAUGCACUUUCCAAGUACAAGGCAGCUGAUGCACGCGAAGCUGAAAAUAUUGUAGAGAGAGUUACUCCAAGACUGCAACAUGCAAAUUGUGCAGUAGUUCUUUCAGCUGUGAAGAUGAUCCUUCAACAAAUGGAACUUAUCACUAGCCCUGACGUCGUAAGGAAUUUGUGCAAGAAAAUGGCUCCUCCUCUUGUAACAUUACUUUCUGCAGAACCUGAGAUUCAAUAUGUUGCAUUAAGGAACAUUAACCUUAUUGUACAAAGGAGGCCUACAAUUCUUGCCCAUGAAAUUAAGGUGUUCUUUUGCAAGUACAAUGAUCCGAUCUAUGUGAAGAUGGAGAAGUUAGAGAUCAUGAUAAAACUUGCUUCAGAUAGAAAUAUAGACCAGGUUUUAUUGGAGUUCAAAGAAUACGCUACAGAAGUGGAUGUAGAUUUUGUUAGAAAGGCUGUUCGUGCUAUUGGGCGUUGUGCUAUCAAGUUAGAGAGAGCUGCUGAACGUUGCAUUAGUGUUCUUCUAGAGCUGAUCAAAAUUAAAGUAAACUAUGUUGUUCAAGAAGCUAUUAUAGUCAUCAAGGAUAUUUUUAGAAGAUAUCCUAACACCUAUGAAUCUAUCAUUGCCACACUUUGCGAGAGUUUGGACACGUUAGAUGAACCGGAGGCCAAGGCAUCGAUGAUUUGGAUAAUUGGUGAAUAUGCAGAAAGAAUUGAUAACGCUGAUGAACUUCUUGAAAGCUUUCUGGAAAGUUUCCCUGAAGAACCUGCACAAGUUCAGUUGCAGUUGUUGACAGCAACAGUAAAACUUUUUCUUAAGAAGCCAACUGAAGGACCCCAACAGAUGAUACAGGUUGUUUUGAAUAACGCCACUGUGGAGACUGACAAUCCAGAUCUUCGAGAUCGUGCGUACAUAUAUUGGCGUCUUCUUUCAACAGAUCCUGAGGCUGCAAAAGAUGUCGUUUUAGCUGAAAAGCCAGUGAUUAGUGACGACUCAAACCAGUUUGAUUCAUCCCUCCUUGAUGAGUUGCUUGCCAACAUUGCUACUUUGUCGUCCGUGUACCACAAACCCCCUGAAACAUUCGUAACCCGUGUGAGGACCUUACAGAAAACAGAAGAAGAAGAAUUUCCCGAGGGAAGUGAAGGAGGGUAUUCUGAGACAUCAUCUGCACAUGCUGCUGAUAAUGGUGCAUCGCCACCACCUACUUCAAGCACACCUCCAUAUGCUACAACAAAGCAACCUGCACCUGCUGCUCCUGUGCCAGAUUUACUCGAUCUUAUGGGUCUUGAUGGUGAUGGUGGUGGAGAUAAUGCUGUUGUAUCAGUUGAUCAACCUGUAAAAACUGCAGGGCCUCCACUUCCUGUUUUAUUACCAGCUGCAAGUGGUCAAGGUCUGGAAAUCAGUGCUCAAAUGGUACGCAGAGAUGGUCAGAUAUUUUACAGCUUAAUGUUUGAGAACAACACACAAACUCCACUGGAUGGGUUCAUGAUUCAGUUCAACAAGAAUACAUUUGGUCUUGCUGCUGGUGGACCACUCCAGGUCCCACAAGUGCAACCAGGAACAUCGGAAAGGACCCUUCUUCCUAUGGUUCUGUUUCAGAAUAUAGCGCCAGGUCCCCCAAACUCACUUUUACAGGUUGCCGUAAAGAAUAAUCAACAGCCUGUAUGGUACUUUAACGAUAGAAUCUCAUUGCUUGUGUUGUUUACGGAAGAUGGAAGAAUGGAACGUACUGCCUUCCUUGAGACAUGGAAGUCAUUGCCGGAUUCCAACGAGGUCUCAAGAGACAUUCCAGGCAUUGUGAUAAACAAUGUGGAUGCAACCAUAGAGCAGUUGGCUCCUUCAAACAUGUUCUUUAUUGCCAAGCGUAAGAACGCCAACCAGGAUGUCUUGUAUCUAUCGGCCAAAAUCCCACGAGGUAUCCCUUUCUUGAUUGAACUUACAGCAGUCAUUGGUGUUCCUGGACUUAAGUGUGCCAUUAAAACUCCAAAUCCUGAAAUGGCGCCAUUAUUCUUUGAAGCGCUGGAAACGGUUCUCAAGAGUUAAUUUCUAUUUUGGCCCUCCCCCCUCUUGUUGUUUUCUUGGUCCCUUUGGUUUCUGUAUCUGUUAGCGGAUGUAUAGGUUUUAGGUUUCCGGGGAUCCUUAUUUGGUCAUACCAACUAAGAUUUGCUGAUAAAAAGUUUGUAUCAUUCACUGUAAUUUUGGUGCAUCUUGUUGCACAAAGUUUACACUAUUUUGCAUAUGUUAAUUAUGGAUCUGUAAUUGGUGUGGCACUGAAAUGCAACUUUUUUGUAUAUUGCAAACUGCUGCGGUUUGGUUCUUU